AACGCUCCGGCCUGUUUUGGAAGAGCAGCAUGUGUCACACAGACUUGGCUCUGCAAAUAUCGGGCGUUUAGGAGCUGCGAGCGCAAGAGACAGAGACUGAGGCGCCGGAGCGCACAAGUCCUAUAUACUUUCUCUCCAAAAAACAAGUACUACUUUGCGGGAGAGACGCGCAAAAAGAGGGACAUAUCUGCAGGUUUCGGUGUGCGGGACUGCCUUUAGGUUUUGGGAGAGACAUCUGAUCUCUUGACAAGGACGAGACAAGCAGAUCCGAGCAAGACAAGACUGUGCGUGCGCACUGACCAAAGCGCGCACCCGGGUGUGUGUUUUUGUUUUUGCUCUGGUAAAGUUACUUUUCUUUUUUUUUUUCUUUUUUCUUUUUUUUAUUCUUUGACACAAAAGUGUGACUUUGAUCGUGAGAUGACCCUGUCUGGAGGCAGCGAGCGAGCCAGCGACAUGUCCGGCCAGACGGUGCUGACGGCGGAGGACGCGGACAUCGACGUGGUGGGAGAGGGGGACGAGGAGGGCAUGGAGAGGCUGGACAUGGAGAGGGCGCACAGCGACUGCAGCAGCAGCCCCGGGGGGGGCAUCCUGCACCACCUGCGGGGGGACACGGCCGACGACGACGACCUGGACGACGACAUCGAGGUGGAGAAGGAGGAGAUGGGGGGAGAAGGCAGCCCGAGCUGCGAGAGCUCCGGGGAGGGCGACGCGGGGACUACUAAGGGAGAAGGUCAGGAGCAGAGCCCCUCCGUGCAGAAGCCCAAGAGCAGCCUGGUGAAACCCCCGUACUCCUACAUCGCCCUCAUCACCAUGGCCAUCCUGCAGAGCCCGCAGAAGAAGCUGACCCUCAGCGGCAUCUGUGAGUUCAUCAGCAACCGCUUCCCCUAUUACAGGGAGAAGUUCCCUGCGUGGCAGAACUCCAUCCGCCACAACCUGUCCCUCAACGACUGCUUCAUCAAGAUCCCCCGGGAGCCGGGCAACCCGGGCAAGGGCAACUACUGGACCAUGGACCCGGCUUCCGAGGACAUGUUCGACAACGGCAGCUUCCUCAGGAGGAGGAAAAGGUUCAAGAGGGUGCAGCCGGACAUGCUCCGGGACCAGACGGCGCUCAUGAUGCAGAGUUUCGGGGCGUACGGCCUCGGAGGCCCCUACGGCCGGCACUACGGCCUCCACCCGGCCGCGUACGCGCACCCGGCCGCGCUGCAGUACCCGUACAUCUCCCCGGUGGGACACAUGCUGCCCCCCGGGGUGCCAUUGCUGCCCUCGGCCGAGCUCAACAGGAAAGCCUUCAACUCCCAGCUCAGUCCCAGCCUGCAGCUGCAGCUCAGCAGCCUGAGCACGGCGUCCAUGAUCAAGUCGGAGCCGUCCAGCCGGCCGUCGUUCAGCAUAGAGAACAUCAUCGGCGUGUCCAGCGCGUCCGCGUCGCCGGGCGGCGCGCAGUUCCUGCGGCCUCCCGUCACCGUGCAGUCCGCCCUGCUGAGCCGGACCUCGGCCGCCAUCGCACCCAUCCUCAGCGUCCCCUCCGGCCUCAUCUCCGGACACGUUUUACCCUCAGCGACGGCCGCGGCGGUGUCCAAAUGGCCCUCGCAAUGACUUUAAAAGAAGCCUGAAUUAUGGUGCCCAAGUUAAAUCGACGCACGUAGCCUACGGCGUCGACGCGCACCGUAAUGGCGUAAGUUCUGCGUUGGUGUAACGCGGGACUAUAAAUCAGACUUUAUACGACGAGGAGGAAGAAAAACCUCCUCUUAUUUUUAUAUAGAGACAUUAUUACCGGGAAGUGUGACGAGCACAAAUCAAUAGGCAGCACUGGACUGUAGAGCCAUGUAAAGACUGUUCAAAUACAGAGACAAUUAAAAAAAAAAAAAGAAAAGAAAAAGGAAGAUAUUUCUGUACAGGUAACGUUUGUAAAUAUUUGUAAAAAGAGAAUGAUUUUACCUGUUUGACUUUUACCUGUCUUUUUUCUUUUUUUUUUGUUCCUGUUUGAGAUCUGUGAUCAUCAUUUUACAUUUUCUUUUUUCUAUUGAGGCUCAACUGGAUACAUUUUUGUCUUCGUUUUCAUAGAAGACAAGAAAAGCUCUGAAAAAGACUGUUUAUAAUAAAAGACAAAUAUAUGUAAUUCUAUGUAGCUAUAUUGUGUUGUAAACGGAAUUUAUUUGUAAAUAAAUU